AUGAGCACCAUCUCGCCUACCGACUUUGACAGCUUGGAGAUCCAGCAGCAGUACAAUGACAUCAACAACCGCUGGGACCUUGCAGCAGAGACCGACUGGGACAAUGAGAACAGUUCAGCACGCCUCUUUGAGCGAUCCCGCAUCAAAGCUCUGGCAGCCAUGGAGUGGGACCAGAGGGACAGAGAGCCCUGUUUGUCUCCAGCAGCAUUUGUUAAUCAGGUUCAAUACGCCAACAUCCUGGAAGGAAGGUUCAAACAGCUGCAAGAUGAGCGUGAGGCUGUACAGAAAAAGACCUUUACCAAGUGGGUGAACUCACACCUAGGUCGUGUGACCUGUCGCAUUGGAGACCUGUACACGGACCUGCGUGAUGGCCGCAUGUUAAUCCGCCUACUGGAAGUGCUGUCAGGAGAACAGCUGCCAAAGCCCACUAAGGGUCGCAUGCGCAUCCACUGCCUGGAGAAUGUCGACAAAGCUCUGCAGUUCCUCAAAGAACAGAAAGUGCACCUGGAGAACAUGGGAUCCCAUGACAUUGUGGAUGGGAAUCAUCGUCUCACCCUGGGUCUCAUCUGGACUAUCAUCCUGCGCUUUCAGAUCCAGGACAUCAGUGUGGAGACAGAGGACAACAAGGAGAAAAAGUCAGCUAAAGAUGCUCUGCUACUUUGGUGCCAGAUGAAAACUGCUGGGUACCCCAAUGUCAAUGUCCACAACUUCACUACCAGUUGGAGAGACGGUCUGGCGUUCAAUGCCAUUGUGCACAAACACAGAUCUGACCUGAUUGAGUUUGACACCCUGAAAAGGUCUAACGCCCACUACAAUCUCCAGAAUGCGUUCAAUGUGGCAGAGAAGGAGCUGGGGCUUACCAAGCUGCUGGACCCAGAAGAUGUCAACGUUGACCAGCCAGAUGAGAAGUCCAUCAUUACAUAUGUGGCCACUUACUACCAUUACUUCUCCAAGAUGAAGGCCCUGGCAGUGGAGGGCAAGAGAAUUGGCAAGGUGCUGGACUAUGCCAUUGAGGCUGAUCAGCUGAUUGAGAAGUAUGAGACCCUGGCCUCGGAGCUGCUGCAGUGGAUUGAGCAGACCAUCCUGACUCUCAAUGAUCGGCAGCUAGCUAAUUCCUUGAGUGGCGUGCAGAACCAGCUUCAGGCUUUCAACUCCUACCGCACUGUGGAGAAACCCCCCAAAUUUACAGAGAAAGGUAAUCUGGAAGUGCUGCUCUUCACCAUUCAGAGCAAGAUGAGAGCUAACAACCAGAAAGUCUAUAUGCCCAGGGAGGGUAAACUCAUCUCUGACAUCAAUAAGGCAUGGGAACGCCUAGAGAAGGCAGAGCAUGAGCGAGAGUUGGCACUGCGGAAUGAGUUGAUUCGCCAAGAGAAGUUGGAGAUGCUUGCUGCUCGUUUCGACCGCAAGGCUGCUAUGAGAGAGACAUGGUUAAGUGAAAAUCAGAGAUUGGUGUCUCAGGACAAUUUUGGAACAGACCUGGGAGCAGUGGAGGCUGCCACUCGUAAACAUGAGGCCAUUGAAACUGAUAUUGGGGCAUAUGGGGAGCGUGUGGCUGCUGUGGAGGCCGUUGCCAGGGAGCUGGAGGCGGAGAGUUACCAUGACGUACGGCGUAUACUGGCACGACGGGACAACGUGCUUCGACUCUGGGAGUACCUCAAGGAGCUUCUUGCUGCGCGCAGGGAGAGGCUAAAUGCCCACCGUGACCUUCAGAGGCUGCUUCAGGAGAUGCGUUACAUCAUGGACUGGAUGGAAGACAUGAAGGGCCGUCUGCAGUCACAGGACAGUGGGAAGCAUUUGCAUGAUGUGUUGGAUCUGCUGCAGACGCACACUCUGGUGGAGGCUGACAUAUCAGCCCAGGCAGAGAGGAUCAAGGCUGUGCAAGGAGCAGCACAACGAUUCACUUCCCAUGAACAGGCUUAUAAACCAUGUGAGCCUGCACUGGUCAGUGAGAAGGUGUCACUGCUAGGUCGGGCCUAUGAGGAGCUGGGUCAGCUCGCUGGUGAGAGAAGGGAGCGCCUGGAGGACUCGCGGCGCCUUUGGCAGUUCCUGUGGGAGCUAGGAGAGGAGGCAGCCUGGAUCAGAGAGCAGGAGCAGAUCUUGGCUGGAGGAGACUGCGGCCGUGACCUCACUUCUGCGCUGCACCUGCUGAGUAAGCAUGAAGCCUUCAGGGAUGAGAUGGCAGCCCGGUACGGCCCUCUGGGUCACAGCAUUGCUGCUGGAGAGGCUUUGGUGCAGGAGGGACACUACGGCGCUCGAGAGGUCACGGAGAGGAUCGAAGACAUCCGUGCACAGUGGGCACAUCUUGAAGAGACAUCCCAGUUGAGAGAGCAGAGGCUUAAGGAAGCAGUGGCCCUGCACCAGUUUCAGACAGAUGCUAAUGACAUGGAUGCUUGGAUCCUGGAGAUACUUAGACAGGUGUCUAGUCAGGAGGUGGGCCAUGAUGAAUUUUCCACCCAGACCCUAGCUCGCAAACAGCGGGAGAUAGACGAGGAGAUCCAGAGCCAUCGCCCCCUCAUCGACUCCCUGCAAGAGCAGGUCCAGGCACUGCCAGAGGCCUACACAAACUACCCCCAGGUGGACGGUCGCCUGCCUGCUAUUGAGCAACGCUAUGAGGAACUGGAGUCUCUGUCAGCAGCGCGGCGCCAGGCUCUGGAAGGUGCCUUGGCUCUCUAUCGCAUGUUCAGUGAGGCUGGAGCCUGUCUGCUCUGGGUUGAAGAGAAGGAGCAGUGGCUACAUAGCAUGAAUAUCCCUACUAAACUGGAGGACUUAGAGGUGGUGCAGCAGAGGUUUGAAACACUCGAGCCUGAAAUGAACAACUUAGGUAGUCGUGUCAGUGAUGUGAACCUGGUAGCACAGCAGCUGCUGACCUCUGAUAACUGCAACAAAGAGCAAAUCCACCAAACACAAGACCAGCUGAACAAUAGAUGGAAAGAGUUCCAACUGCUGGCUGGUCAGAAAAAGCAAGCCUUGGAGUCAGCUCUUAACAUCCAAAACUACCACUUGGAAUGUAAUGAGAGUCAAACCUGGAUGAGAGAAAAGACCAAGGUGAUUGAGUCCACUCAGGGCCUGGGUAAUGACCUCGCUGGAGUGAUGGCCUUGCAGCGCAAACUUACUGGCAUGGAGAGGGACCUAGAGGCUAUUCAGGGCAAGCUUGAUGACCUUAGAAAAGAGGCAGAGAAGCUGGCCGAGGAACACCCAGACCAGGCUGAGGAGAUCCACGCCCGCCUGUCAGAGCUUCGGGAGGUGUGGGAGGACUUGAACAUCACCAUGAAGCGUCGUGAGGAGUCACUUGGCGAAGCCAGCAAGCUGCAGGGCUUCCUGAGGGACCUUGAUGACUUCCAGUCUUGGCUGUCCCGCACUCAGACAGCUGUAGCUUCAGAGGACAUACCAACUUCCUUGCCUGAGUCUGAGAGCCUGCUGGCUCAGCAUGAGGGCAUCAAGAAUGAGGUAGACAACUACAAGGAGGACUAUGAGAAGAUGAGAGCAGUGGGUGAGGAGGUGACCCAGGGUCAGACAGAUGCCCAGCACAUGUUCUUAGCCCAGAGGCUGCAGGCGCUGGACACUGGGUGGCAUGAGUUGCGCCGAAUGUGGGAGAACCGCCAUAGCCUAUUGGCUCAAGCCUUUGACUUCCAGACCUUCCUAAGAGAUGCAAAGCAAGCAGAGGCCUUCCUUAAUAGCCAGGAGUAUGUCCUGUCCCACACAGAGAUGCCGACAAGCCUUCAGGGAGCAGAGGAGGCCAUUAAGAAGCAUGAGGACUUUCUGACCACUACAGAGGCCAGUGAGGAGAAGAUCAGUGGUGUGGUGGAGGCUGGACGGCGCCUCAUCAACGAUGGCAACGCCAACGCUGACAAGAUCCAGGAAAAAGCUGACUCCAUCCAGGAAAGACAUCAGAAGAAUAAGCAGGCAGCUAAUGAACUGCUGACAAAGCUGAAGGAUAACCGUGAACUUCAGCACUUCCUUCAAGAUGGACAGGAGCUGACGUUGUGGAUCAAUGAGAAGAUGCUGACAGCUCAGGACAUGUCAUAUGAUGAAGCCAGAAACCUCCACAGCAAGUGGCAGAAACACCAAGCCUUCAUGGCAGAGCUGGCCUCCAACAAGGACUGGCUAGAUAAAAUUGAUAAGGAGGGCCAGGUGCUGGUGAUGGAGAAGCCUGAGCUGCAGCCUGUUGUCCAGCAGACCCUAGAGGGUCUACAACGCCAAUGGGAGGAGUUGGAGAGCACCACCCGCACCAAGGCUCAGUGCUUGUUCGAUGCCAACAGAGCAGAGCUCUUCACCCAGAGCUGUUCUGCUCUGGAUGUCUGGCUGAAAAACCUGGAGGGUCAGCUGCAGAGCGAUGACUAUGGCAAGGAUUUAACGAGUGUCAACAUCCUGCUCAAGAAGCACCAGAUGCUCGAACAUCAGAUGGAGGUGCGUGAGAAGGAGGUACAGGCUCUGCAGUCUCAGGCCCUGGCCCUGUCGCAGGAGGAUGCUGGACUGACCGAGGUGGACGGGCAGCAGCAGCGCGUCACUGAAAGCUUCAGCCAACUUCAGGACCCUCUCAAACUCAGGAGACAGCAACUACUUGCCUCCAAAGAAGCACAUCAGUUUAACAGAGACCUGGAGGAUGAGAUUCUCUGGGUGAAGGAGAGGAUGCCCCUGGCCACUUCGACAGACCAUGGGAAAGACCUGUCCACUGUGCAGCUGCUUAUCAAGAAGAACCAGACACUACAGAAGGAGAUCCAGGGCCACCAGCCCCGUAUUGAUGACAUCCACCGGCGAGGCAGGGCCCAGAGCCAGGUAGAUGGGGAGAGACAGUCUGCCCUCGAGGGCCGCCUGGUUGAACUGAGGGACCUAUGGGCCCAACUCAUAGCUGAGACAGAUGAGCGACACGCUCGUCUUGUGGAGGCUAACCGCGCCCAGCAAUUCUACACAGAUGCAGCCGAGGCUGAGGCCUGGAUGGGAGAACAGGAGCUUCACAUGAUGUCGGAGGAGAAGGCCAAGGAUGAGCAGAGUGCACUGGUGAUGGUAAAGAAGCACCAGAUCCUGGAGCAGGCACUGGAAGACUACGCCCAGACCAUUCAUCAGCUAGCCAACAGCAGCCGCCUGAUGGUCACAAGUGAACACCCAGAAAGUGAGAGAAUCAACUUAAGGCAAGCACAAGUGGACAAGUUGUAUGCAGGGCUAAAAGACCUUGCAGAGGAGCGUCGCGGAAGGCUGCAGGAGAGACUGAGGCUGACUCAGCUCAAAAGGGAGGUGGAUGACCUGGAACAGUGGAUUGCUGAGAGGGAGGUGGUCGCUGGCUCCCAUGAACUGGGACAAGACUAUGAACAUGUCACUAUGUUGAGGGACAAGUUCCGGGAGUUUGCUCGUGACACCAGUACUAUUGGCCAGGAGAGAGUAGAUGGUGUAAAUGGGCUGGCGGAUGACCUCAUUGAGUCUGGCCACCCCGAGAACGCCAGUGUAGCGGAGUGGAAGGAUGGGCUGAACGAGGCCUGGGCCGACCUGUUGGAGUUGAUUGACACACGCACACAGAUGCUGGCGGCUUCCUAUGAGCUGCACCGCUUCCACCAGGAUGCCAUGGAGGCACUAGGCCGUGUUAAGGAGAAGAGGGAGGCCCUGCCCUCUGACCUCGGACGUGACCUCAACACUGUGCAGCACCUCCACAGACAGCACAACACCUUUGAACAUGACAUCCAGGCCCUCAGUGGACAGGUAAACCAAGUGCAGGAUGAUGCAGCACGGCUACAGAAGGCCUAUGCUGGGGAGAAGGCUGAGGAGAUUCACAGGAGCGAACACGCUGUGACGGCGGCCUGGGAAGGCCUGUUGGAAGCUGGCCAGGCUCGCAGGCUCCUCCUACUGGACACAGUGGAGAAGUUCCGCUUCUUCAAUAUGGUGCGGGAUCUCAUGCUCUGGACGGAUGGCGUCAACCUGCAGAUCGAUGCCCACGACAGUCCGAGGGAUGUAUCCUCUGCAGGCCUGGUCAUUGCCAAUCACCAGGAUAUCAAGUCCGAGAUUGAGACUCGGGCAGGCAGCUUCACUGCCUGUAUUGAGAUGGGCAACACUCUUAUCGACAACAACCACUAUGCAUCUGAUGAGAUCCGGGAAAAACUGACCCAGCUCCAGGAAAAGAGGGACAAGAUCAACAAGAAGUGGCAAGAUAAGAUGGACCACUUACAAAUCGUGCUGGAGGUGCUGCAGUUCGGUCGGGAUGCUUAUGUGGCAGAGUCAUGGCUGGCAGGGCAGGAGCCCCUUGUGCGAGCAGCAGAGCUGGGCUCAAACGUGGACGAGGUGGAGAGUCUGAUUAAGCGCCACGAGGCCUUUGAGAAGCUCGCUGCUGGCUGGGAAGAGCGCUUUGUCCUACUCGAGAAACUCACUACCCUUGAGGAGUAUGAAGUCAAGCGAAGGCUAGAGGAGGAGGAGAGGGCACGGCGACCCCCAACACCUCCACCGGCUGAAGAAGUGGCUGAAUCUGAAAUGGAGAGUCAAGCACACGAGUCUGCAGCCAGAACCAGUCUGGACCAGACCACACUGAAUCAGUCUGUAUCAGUUAAUGGAGUACACAGCGACAACGAUACAUCACAGGGCUCUGAAUCUGAGUCAGUGAAUGGACCGGGCCGGGACAGUGGGUUGGCGUCCUCUCGCAUUGAUCCGUCUGCCACAUUGCCAAGCCGGGGUGGAGCAGACUCUGAGCCAGAGGCCAUGGAGGGGAUGCUCUAUCGGAAACAGGAGAUGGAGUCUCACAGCAAAAAGGCAGCUAGCAGGUCCUGGCAGAAUGUGUAUUGUGCCCUUAGGAAAGGCAGUCUCGGUUUCUAUAAAGACAACAAAAGCGCAAGCAAUGGCAUUCCAUACCAUGGAGAAGUACCUAUUAGCCUGGGAGAAGCGGUGUGUGAGGUAGCCCACGACUACAAGAAGAGGAAACAUGUUUUCAAACUGAGGCUAGGAGAUGGUAAGGAGUACCUAUUCCAAGCAAAGGAUGAGGCGGAGAUGAGUGCCUGGAUCCAAUCCAUCCAUUGCUCCAUUCCAGCAGGCAGAUCGGGAGACUCUCCCGGAGGUCCACCGGCCCUCAGCCGGGCGAUGACGAUGCCUCCGAUCUCUCCCGGCUCAGGGGAGGCCGGAGGCGUGACCAUGCGCAACAAAGAAGGGAAAGAGAAGGACCGCGAGAAGAGGUUCAGCUUCUUUGGCAAGAAAAAAUAAAACAUUUGUGAAAGUGUCAGUGGAAACAAUACUUCAGAUUCUCAACAAACUGAAACAGGCAGAAAGGAAAAGCACCCUUGUCAAACUAACACAUUGCUCUCAGUGCUGGUCCAGUGGAGUUUUUCGACAGCUAUGUGGCUUACCUAAACUUUCCUCUCUCUCUCUCUCUCUCUCUCUCUCUCUCUCUCUCUCUCUCUCUCUCUC